GACAUCCCAGGAAUCCAACACGACUAGGAACAGCCAGGGCAACAGGACCAGGACAUUUUAAGUUAAAGUUGUGCGUCCUUGUUUCCGUUAAAGGUCAAGGAAAAUAUCGGUCGUUGCCAAAGAAGUACAAGUGUCAAAAGAAAGCGGAUUUUACAGAUAUCGCAUGCAGAUGUGAGUGCAGACAUCCUGCUACCCUUUACUGCUACGCUGGACUGAGUGGCAUCCUCUUCAUCCCCUUCAUCGUCAUCAUACAUGCUCUUACAUGAAGAGAGGGGAGAAACCCGAAGGAUACAGACAGGCGAGACCCAAAACGUUUCCUGCCAGCAACUACAGCGCCAACAGCCAACACAUGCUGCAGGAAAUAAGGAACAGUCUGCGCAAUUUAUCCAGACAAUCGGACCCCCCUAAAGCAGACUCUGGAGGAGCUGUAAAAAUGCCUCCGGAGGACUCAAGGCAACAGGGGCGAUGCAGCAACCCCAAACACCCCUACCACAAGGCCUUACAGGAGAUCCGCAAGUCCCUGAUGCCUUUUGCCAAUGAGCCGAGUACUUCAGGACCUGAGGGGAACAAACACAUGUCUCUGGAACCUCCCUGCGCUGGGUUCGACGAGAGCAACAGUCGCAGUAUGGGGGCAGUUAUAGACUACAGUGGUAAGGUGAUCUACCAGGACCCGAUGAGGGAACAGAAGCUUGCUGCCAACCCCAACUCUACCGGUCUGAAAGCCCCAGGAGGUUCUCACAUCUCGCAGCCUGUGCUGAGGAGGCCGAGCUGGAAAGGCUCUAAGGAGUCUUUGGCCCCUCGUCACGUCAUAGUGGAUGGAGUGAUAUACCGCUCAGACAGCCCGGGGCCCCCUCCCUCCUUUCCCCCCGCUAACAACCAGAGAGUGAACCCUCCCCUCCCGCCUCAGGUGCGCAGUGUCACACCUCCUCCCAACCGCUGCGCCAUGCCUAAUACAUCAUCCUGGGACCCAUCAACCAAGCGCUACUCCGGCAACAUGGAUUACCUCGGGGCCCGCAUCUCUCCGGGGCCUCAGGGGGCCUGGCCUGACGGGUACCAGUCAUCAGCCCCUCAGAAUCAGCGUGGGAUCAGCCCGGUCCCUGUGGGUCACCAACCCAUCAUAAUGCAAAGCUCUGGGGGCAACAAGUUCACUUUCCCCCCCCCCAGCUGGUCUCAGAAUGGCUCCGCCCAGCCGGACUACAUCCCGCCCGGCAGCAGACAGCCCCCCCCUCCGUACGCGGGCAACCAGAGCAGGCACAGUCCCACUGAUCAGCACUCAGGAGGACCCGCCUCCUCUCCCUCGUACGCCAACGGUGGAAACAUCCCUACGUCCAUGAUGGUGUCCAACAGGCACAGUUACAACCUUGACCUGUACAACAUAGGUCUUCCUCAGUCCUGGGCCCCCAGCCAGCCCUCUGGAAACAGCAGCACCCAGGACCUGUCUCCGUCGUGGCAACACAACGUGCCCCCCCGCUCCAACUCCUUCAACAACCACCAGCUGAACAGCAGGGCGGCCCACCAGUCCAGCUCCCAGCCCUCCGCCACCACCGUCACGGCCAUCACACAGGCCCCCAUCCUGCAGCCGGUCAAAAGCAUCCGUGUGCAGAAACCUGAGCUCCACACUGCCGUCGCCCCCACGCACCCUCCAUGGAUGCAGCAGCCGCCCCCACCCCUUCAAGCUGCUCCUGCUUACCCAGAACCCCCAGCCCCUGUACCCCAGAUCCCUGUUGUAGCAGAGGUCCCGAGCUACCAGGGCCCCCCUCCACCUUACCCCAAGCAUCUCCUCCAACAGCAGGCUGCAUCCGCCCCACCUGCCUACGACCCGGGGGUCAACAAGCGCAACUCAGGCCGAGAGGAGGCGGCUGAGGCGGAGAGCAGCAGCAACGACAGCUCCCGGGACAAAACCACAGAAAGCGCCACAGCGACGGAGAAGGAGAAGAAACAAAUCACGACGUCACCCGUUCCCGUGCGUCGCAACAAGAGGGACGAAGAGCCGAGAGGGGAGUCAGGACGGGUCGCUCUGUACUCCCCCCAGGCCUUCAAGUUCUUCAUGGAGCAGCAUGUGGAGAACAUCCUCAAGAACCACCAGACGAGGAUUCGGAGGAGGAAGCAGCUGGAAAGUGAGAUGCAAAGGGUGGGCUUGUCUUCAGAAGCUCAGGAGCAGAUGCGCAUGAUGCUCUGCCAGAAAGAGUCCAACUACAUCCGGCUAAAGCGAGCCAAGAUGGACAAAUCCAUGUUCAAGCGAAUCAAGAUGCUCGGCAUCGGAGCGUUUGGGGAGGUGUGCCUGGCCAGAAAAGAGGACACCGGAGCGCUGUACGCCAUGAAGACGCUCCGCAAGAAGGACGUGCUGCUGAGGAACCAGGUGGCCCACGUGAAGGCUGAGAGGGACAUCCUGGCCGAGGCCGACAACGAGUGGGUGGUGCGUCUCUACUACUCCUUCCAGGACAGGGACAACCUGUACUUUGUCAUGGAGUACAUCCCCGGAGGAGACAUGAUGAGCCUCCUCAUCCGGCUGGGAAUCUUCAAAGAAGAACUGGCCCAGUUCUACAUCGCCGAGCUCACCUGCGCCGUGGAGAGCGUCCACAAGAUGGGCUUCAUCCACCGAGACAUCAAGCCCGACAACAUCCUCAUAGACCGGGACGGACACAUCAAACUGACCGACUUCGGCCUGUGCACCGGCUUCCGCUGGACGCACGACUCCAAGUAUUACCAGAGUGGUGCGUACCUGACUGUUUUGGUGGUGGCGGAAGAUGGUUACUGCUCCAGUUGA